GGCCGCCCCGGCUCCCGGAGCUGCCCCCUCUGCCCCGGGCCGCGCCCGGGGGUCCCGCACUGACGGCCCAUGGCGCCGCCCGCCGCCCGCCUCGCGCUGCUCUCCGCCGCUGCGCUCACUCUGGCGGCCCGGCCCGCGCCCGGCCCCCGCCCCGGCCCCGAGUGUUUCACAGCCAAUGGUGCAGAUUAUAGGGGAACACAGAGCUGGACAGCACUGCAAGGCGGGAAGCCAUGUCUCUUCUGGAACGAGACAUUCCAGCAUCCAUACAACACGCUGAAAUACCCCAACGGGGAAGGUGGUCUGGGUGAGCAUAACUACUGCAGAAAUCCAGACGGAGACGUGAGCCCCUGGUGCUACGUGGCGGAACAUGAAGACGGUGUCUACUGGAAGUACUGUGAUAUUCCUGCCUGCCAGAUGCCUGGAAACCUUGGCUGCUACAAGGAUCAUGGAAACCCACCUCCUCUCACUGGCACCAGUAAAACAUCCAACAAGCUCACCAUACAAACCUGUAUCAGCUUUUGUCGGAGUCAGAGGUUCAAGUUUGCUGGGAUGGAGUCAGGCUACGCCUGCUUCUGUGGGAACAACCCUGACUACUGGAAACACGGGGAGGCAGCCAGCACCGAGUGCAAUAGUGUCUGCUUUGGGGACCACACGCAGCCCUGUGGUGGGGACGGCAGGAUCAUCGUCUUUGACACUCUCGUGGGCGCCUGCGGUGGAAACUACUCAGCCAUGGCCGCCGUGGUCUACUCGCCUGACUUCCCUGACACCUACGCCACUGGGCGGGUCUGCUACUGGACUAUCCGGGUGCCAGGAGCCUCUCACAUCCAUUUCAACUUCACCUUAUUUGAUAUCAGGGAUUCUGCAGACAUGGUGGAGCUGCUGGAUGGCUAUACCCACCGUGUCCUGGUCCGUUUCAAUGGAAGGAACCACCCGCCUUUGUCCUUUAAUAUCUCUCUGGAUUUUGUCAUUUUAUAUUUCUUCUCUGAUCGCAUCAAUCAGGCCCAGGGAUUUGCUGUCUUAUACCAAGCCACCAAGGAAGAACCACCACAGGAGAGGCCUGCAGUCAACCAGACACUGGCGGAGGUGAUCACCGAACAGGCCAACCUCAGCGUCAGCGCUGCCCACUCUUCCAAAGUCCUCUACGUCAUCACCACCAGCCCCAGCCAUCCACCGCAGACUGUCCCAGGUAGCCACUCCUGGGCGCCAUCGGUUGGGGCCAGCGGCCACAGAGUGGAAGGAUGGACCGUAUAUGGCCUAGCCACCCUCCUCAUCCUCACGGUCACAGCCGUCGUUGCAAAGAUCCUUCUCCAUGUCACAUUUAAGUCUCAUCGUGUUCCUGCUUCAGGAGACCUUAGGGACUGUCGUCAACCAGGGGCUUCUGGAGAGAUCUGGACCAUUUUCUAUGAACCUUCCACUACAAUCUCUAUCUUUAAGAAGAAGCUUAAGGGCCAGAGCCAACAAGAUGACCGGAAUCCCCUCGUGAGCGACUAAAGCCUCAUUGCACCAGACAGGAGGCUCCUCUCUGAGCUCCAGGCUGCUGGGGGUCCCUUCCCCCAUGGUUCCUCUCGAAGGACUUCCCUGCCUCUCCACUCAGCUAGGUUUCAUGGGGCCACCCUUCUCCAGACUGGGAAGGGGCCCCCUGUUGCAGGGGCAGCGUAGCCUGGAGUUGUCCUCCAUCACUUGCACUUAUGCUGGACCCUCGAGGCCCCAGCACCCGGCCUGCACCCCUGUCUCCACUGGGGAUGCUAAGACUGGGCGGAGCUGACAGGACACAGCUGGGCCUGAUUCCAGAAGACUGUUGGGUGGUGGGUAGUUUAGUGUGUGAUGAGUUCUUCUUGCUUUUUCUCUAUUUUGUCCACAUAUGGAUCAGUUUCCCCUGGUCUACAGUUUGGAAAAGAGCCAGACGGAAGAAAUUCUCAGGUUUUCUUGAAGGCUGGCCUGGUUCCCUGCCAAGUGUGGUCUCCUGGACAUUAGCACCUCAGAGUGCACAGAGGCCCAGUGCUCUGUACUGGGCCUGUAGCCUUCUCUGAUGUCAACUAAGAUGUGCCUCAUCUAGUCUGAGGGGACUGAGAACAGGUCCACACUAGAUGUCUUCUUUCUAGAGGAUUCUUUCCAAUACUCACUGACCUGCAGGGUUGAACAUAAAAAACAAAAAACCGCCCGGCGGUGGUGGCGCACGCCUUUAAUCCCAGCACUCGGGAGGCAGAGCCAG